AUGGAAAUCGAGAGUGGAAAUAGCCGACUUUUGUCGAAAAUGGCGACGAGCGAUCAACAUGGCGAAAACUCACCCUACUUUGAUGGGUGGAAAGCAUAUGACAAUAAUCCUUUCCACCCUAAAGACAAUCCUCAUGGAGUUAUACAAAUGGGGCUUGCUGAAAAUCAGCUUUCGACGGACAUGAUCGAGGAAUGGAUCGACAAAAACCCGAAAGCUUCAAUCACGACGCGCGAAGGAGUUCAUGCAUUCCGAAACAUUGCACUAUACCAAGAUUAUCACGGCCUACCCGAAUUUCGAAACGGUGUGGCCAAGUUCAUGUCGAAGGCAAGGGGCGGGCGGGUCAGUUUCGACCCGGACCGGAUAGUAAUGGGCGGUGGGGCGACCGGAGCUAGUGAGCUGCUUAUGUUCUGUUUGGCCGACUCUGGAGAUGGAUUUUUGGUCCCUUCACCUUAUUAUCCUGGAUUUGAUAGAGACUUGAGAUGGAGGACUGGUGUUCAAUUACUACCUGUGAUGUGCCAAAGCUCCAACAAUUUCAAAAUUACCAAAGAGGCCCUUGAAGAAGCAUUUGACCAAGCCCAAAAGGCCAACAUCAAAGUCAAAGGCCUCAUGAUAGCAAACCCUUCGAACCCAUUGGGCACCACAUUGGAUAGGCCCACCUUGAAAAGCCUAGUCACAUUCAUCAAUGAGAGGCAAAUUCACCUCGUUUGUGAUGAAAUUUAUGCGGCCACCGCUUUUCGUGCGCCGGAGUUCAUUAGCGUCUCUGAAAUUAUCGAGGAGGUUGAGUGCAAUCGAGACCUAAUACACAUUGUCUAUAGUUUGUCGAAAGAUAUGGGCCUCCCGGGAUUUAGGGUCGGCAUAAUGUACUCAUACAACGAUGUUGUUGUGGACCGUGGCCGAAAAAUGUCGAGCUUCGGUCUCGUCUCAUCGCAAACACAACACCUUUUGGCAACAAUGUUGUCCGAUGAGGAGUUCACGAAUAAGUUCAUGUUGGAGAACACGAGAAGGCUUGCAAACAGGCACGAGAUGUUUACCAAAGGGCUAGAAGAGGUCGGCAUAACGUGCUUGGAAAGCAACGCAGGCCUAUUUUGUUGGAUGGACUUAAGGCAUUUAUUGAAGGAGCCCACAUUCGAAGGUGAAAUGGGCUUGUGGAGGGUCAUAAUAACUGAGGUGAAGCUUAACGUGUCUCCCGGCAUGUCUUUUCACUGCCACGAGCCGGGCUGGUUCAGGGUUUGCUUCGCCAACAUGGAUGACGAGACUUUGAAAGUCGCCCUCACUAGAAUUCGGGUGUUUGUGGCCAAAGGGAGUGAAGUCGAUGCGAAAGUGAAGAAGCCGUGGCAGAUGAACUUAAGACUCAGCUUCUCGUCGAGAAUAUAUGAUGAAACUAUGGCUUCGUCUCCCCGUGUAAUGUCCCCUCACUCACCGCUUGUUCGCGCUUGGACAUGA